AACAAGGACGGAGAAGUGAAGGAAAUCUAAAAAUAGCAACGUUCGACGGAGAUAAGAAAACCUUAUCGGUCUUCGUCUCCUCCUCCUCCUCCUUCUCGUCCCCAUGAUAGGGAGGGCUGCCUCCGGCCAGGGGAAUCGCGAAUCGCCCCAUGGUGGCCUACCAGCCGCCGGCGACUAUGAUCACCUGGAAUUGCUCCAUGAGAUCGAAGCCUUGGGAAAAGCCCUCUCCCUCGACCCCAAACACCAACGUCGCCGCCUUCCUCCUCCGCCCUCCUCCGAAGAACGAGUCGCUCUCUCUGCCGGUUGUUCCUCACCUGCCUCCUCUGUCUCCUCCUCUUCAUCCUUGAAGGGCAAGGAGAAGAAGAAAACAUCGUCUCUGUGGGGAUGGAAUCCGAUCAAAAAGGCGCUUUCUCAGAUCACCGGCCAGCGUCGCUUCGUUUGCUGCUUCUCCCUCCACGUCCACUACAUCGAGGGCCUCCCCACUGCCCUUUCUGGCGUCCCGCUCGUUGUGCAGUGGCGCCGCACCACGGAUCCUGCCUCCUCUUCCGUUUCCACCAGCCCCUCCCGCGUCAUCCGCGGAGUCGUCCAGUUCGAGGAGACACUUACCUACCGAUGCGCCGUGCAGGGCGCCCGCACCGGUCGGAGUGGAACGGCUAAGUACGAAGCUCGGCAUUUCCUGAUCUAUCCCUCCCUCGCAGGUGGCGUCGCUGAGCUGGACCUCGGUCGCCAUCUGGUGGAUGUUACCCGUGUGCUCCCGGCCACUCUAGAGGAACUCGAGGACGAGAAAACAUUUGGAAACUGGAGAACCAGCUACCGGUUGUCCGGGAAGGCAAGGGGCGCAUCUCUUAAUGUUAGCUUCGGGUUCUCGCUUGUUAGGAAUGAGUCCUUGGUCGGGGCUGGUCCUCUGGACUGGGAAAAAGGAGAGAGAAAGGUCUCAGAGGAUUCUGAGCUUGAUUUGAUGAAUACGCAGAGUAGUCCGCUAGAGGAAGUGAAGGUGCUUCAUGCGGUGUUGCCAAGAUCAACAAUAGAGAUCUCACAAAAAGCUAACGUGGCUGGGAAAUUAGACACACAGAAUCUUAAUACCUCUAUGGAUAUGCUGAAGCCUUGUAUGUUGCCGGAGCCUGACAAAGGAAGUGAUGAAUGGGAUUGCAAUGAUCCUGAUUUUAUGGUGAUUGAGCAAGGUGCAGAAAUUUUGUCAGGAGACCAAACAUGCAAAGCUGUGGUCGAUGCCACCACCUUUCAUGCGGAAUACAAGGGCAAUAAGGAAGGGCCAGGUAUGAAGCUCGAUAAACCUGAUGGUGAGGCCAGAAUUGAAAGGCCCAUUAUGGAAUCAGGUAAACCACAUAUAGACGAGGCUGCUCUUCGGGAUAACCUUGAUCUGCAAGUGAUUUUACAGGAAGAAAGGCUGGGCACCAAGUCAUAUGAAUCAGCUCAGGAGGGGUCUUGUCAUAGUAGUCUUAACAUGCAAGAGUCUACAUUGCUGAAUGUGGAUACUAUGAACCAUGCUGAUAAAACUCAAGGUGAUGAACAACUAACCGCGGAUUCAGCAAGAGAAGAGCUGAACACUAUCUUCCAGAGUACAUCAAAUCUCGAGCAAGGGGAAUUGGACAUCUCUAAUAUUGGCUACAAGCCAAUGGAGCAAUUAAAUCAUGGCGACGUUGAUUCUAGUUACAAGAUGGCAAGCUUGAGCAGGUCACGUAGCAUAGAUGCUGUCACAGAGUCCGUUGCCGAUGAGUUCUUAAGUGUGCUAGGCAUAGAACACAACGCUUGUGGAUUGAGUACAGACAGUGAACCAGAAUCACCCAGGGAAAAGCUGUGGAAGCAAUUUGAAAAAGAAUCCUUGGCAUCAGGAAGUGAUUUCUUUGGUCCUGAUCAUGGAAUAGAACAACUCUCUUACUGGGGCGACUUCUCUGACGAUCUUAAUCUUUCACUGAUGGUCCAUGAAGUAGAGAAAGAGCUUCAGAAGAUAAAUAUGAGGAUGAACAAUAGCAAAUCUAGGGUUGAAAUACUGGAGGAUGCAGAAACAGAAGUUUUGAUUCAGGAAUGGGGAUUAAAUGUGAACAAUUUUAAUUUUUCUCCACCUAGAAGCAGUGGGGCAUUUGGUAGUCCUAUUGACCUCCCAUCAGAGGAGCCAUUGGAGUUACCACCACUUGGUGAAGGGUUGGGUCCAAUUGUUCAAACCAAAGAUGGAGGUUUUUUGCGGUCCAUGAGCCCUUUGCUUUUCACAAAUGCAAAGAAUAAGGGUAAGUUGAUAAUGCAGGUGUCUAGCCCUGUAGUGGUUCCUGCUGAAAUGGGUUCCGGGAUGAUGGAAAUAUUGCAGAGAUUAGCUUCAGAGGGCCUUGAAAAACUAUCAAGGCAGGCAAGUAAAUUAAUGCCUUUGGAAGAUAUAACAGGGAAGACCAUGCAACAGAUUGCAUGGGAUUCUGUCACUGCUCUGGACUCUUGUGAAAGCCAUGUCAAGAAUCAUUAUCCAAAUGCUGUUCAGAAUGUUUCUGUAAGGAGGAAGAAAAGUAACAGCCUGGCUUUGAGUUUCAAUGGCAGAGAAGUCUCAGAAUACAUUACUUUAGAGGAUCUUGCUCUAAUUGCAAUGGAUAAGAUUGAAGUACUGUCAUUUGAGGGGUUGAGAAUACAAACAGGCACAUCAAAUGAAGAGGCGCCUUCAAAUAUUAUCCCCCAGUCUAUUGGGGAUCUUUCAACAUUGGAGAGUAGAGGAGCUAAAAGCAGCUGGUCACUAGAUUUGGAGGGCACAAGUGGAUUACAGCUUUUGAAUGUUAAAGAAAGUGAUGAUGACACUGAUGGUUUGAUGGGCUUGUCUCUCUCGCUUGAUGAGUGGAUGAAGCUUGACUCAGGCAUCAUCGAUGAUGAAGAUCAGGACAGUGAUCGAAUUUUAAAGAUUCUGUUAGCGCAUCAUGCUAAUUCUGUGGACAUGAUUUGUAGUGGGUGGAACGGAGAUAAAAGAGGGAAAAGAUCAGGAAAGAAAUGGGGGUUUCUUGGGGAUAACUUCACUGUAGCACUAAUGGUACAACUCCGAGAUCCCUUACAAAACUAUGAGCCAGUUGGCAUGCCCAUGCUUGCUUUAAUUCAAGUUAAGCGUGUUUUUCUUCCUCGAGAGCCAGGAAAAAUUUACUGCAAUGCCUCAAAGAAAGGAAACAAUGAAGAGCAAGACGAGGUUGAGACUGAAACCAAGCCAUUGGGUAAGCAGGAGAAACAUGAAGAAGAGACUAUCCCUCGGUUUAAAAUCACGGAGGUGCUUGUUGCUGGUCUAGAUACUGAACCUAGCAAAAAAACUAUCUGGGGUGAUCCCAAGCAACAACAGUCUGGUUCUGGGUGGAUGCUUGCUACUGGAAUGGGAAAGCCCAAAAAGCGUCAAUUAAUGAAGUCAAAGACAGUGGUAAACCUUUCUCAAGGAAAAAUAGCCACAUCACAGCCAGGAGAUACACUUUGGAGCAUUACAUCACUAGUCCAUGGCAAUGGUGCCACAGUGAAAGGCCUAGCAUCUUCAAAGCCUCACACAAGGAAUCCCAAUAUUAUACUUCCAAAUGGAAUUAUUAAACUGUCUUAAGUGCAUGAAAUAUGUUACACCACUGAUCCACUAGCAUACGAGUCUUUGUACAGACGAUACUAAUGAGAUUGAUGUGAUACACUAUAUCCAUUGUACAAACCUGCAGCUAAUCACCACAUCAUCCCUAGUAUGUGUGAUUUUCUUUUGUAAUCUUGUAGAUAUCCAAAUUAUUGAUCUGUCUUGUGCAUCUUUUAGCACAUUGUUAAUAAUAUCUUAAUUCUCAUUCCUACGA